UUAUUGACGAACAGAUUUGUUUUUUCAUCGCGAAAAGGAUAUUUUUAUGUAUUAUUAUGUUACAGCAUCAACGAAACACUCAUCGAAGCAAUCAAAUUCAAAAUUCGCAACAAAUUCAGUCUCAGAUGCAGUCAAAUGUACAAAAUCACUCACAACAAUUACCACAAAGAGGGAUAAGCAGCACAAAUACACCAAUGCAAACGCUUACAAAUCAAUCACAACAUACACCAAAUAAUCAAAUACAGCAACAUCUCUUACAAUCUCAACAGCAACAACAACAACAUCAACAGUCGAAGAAAAUGCGAUUUUUUAUGGCAAUGUUCGAUUAUGACCCAAGUACAAUGAGUCCGAAUCCAGAUGGUUGCGAAGAAGAGUUACCGUUUCAAGAAGGCGAUACAAUAAAG